CACACUGAAUAAUAUUUCCCCAACUUAUCUCCUCCCUCCACCGAGCACCAAUUUGGGCUUCUCCAGUAGCAGUUUCAAGAAAAUGGUGGGGGGUCUUUGAGCAAUACACAGAAACUUCCAUGGCCUCUCCAUGUCCAAACAUGCACUGCUGCUACUCUGCCUCAAUUCCCAAAAUACCCUCCAAAGCUCCCUUUCUCUGGUCUUCUUCUUAUCCCUCCAAUGUUUAUGGGUCCUACGGAAUUUCACUCCACAGAGCUGUAACUAACUCAAGAACUUGUACCAAGUUUGAGAAGUUUCAAGGUGAAUAUCCCCAAGAAGGUAUUGAUGAGGCCAUGAUGCCAUCCCCACCAUCAUCAUCAACUUCCAUAGAGUCGGAAGACUCAGAACAACCACCAAUUCAAGGAGAAGAAGAAGAAGAUGACAGCUGCUUGCCUUCUGAUUUGGAGGGUGCAGUCCGACAGUCAAGUCAAGCAAGUGCCACUUUUGUGUCUUCUGGAGGAAUGAGAGCUAUAGUUGAGCUCCUAAUUCCACAGUUGCAGUUUCUUGACGAUGAAGGAGCCCAAGCUGAGCUUUGGGAGCUGUCAAGAGUUUUCGUGGAUACACUAAUUGAAGAAACAGGAUGUCAGAGAGUUAAAGCGAUAUUUCCAGAUGCUGGUGCUGCUGCACUUCUAAAAUAUCAAUGGCAAGAUGCUGCUUUUGGCUUCUCCAGUUUGAGCGACCGGAAGCCUGUUAGUACUGAAGACGAAAUUGUCGUUAUGGUGGUUCCUGAUUAUCAGAUGUUGGAAUAUGUACAGCGAAUCACAUCUCAACUCUCAGAUGAUCCGCCACGGCCUCUCAUCAUGUGGAAUCCACGUCUUGUCAGUGAGGAUGUUGGAGUAGGGUUCAAUGUCCGGAAGUUGCGGCGCUCCUUUUUAAGCACUUUCACAACGGUUUACUCGAUGAGACCUCUGCCAUCUGGUGCUGUGUUCAGAUGUUAUCCUGGACUAUGGAAGGUGUUUUAUGACGAUAAGGAUAGGCCAAACCGGUAUCUGCUUGCCAAAGAACUAAUAAGCCGUCCCGAUGCAGAAGAUCUUGAGGUUUGUUUCUUACAAAAAUUUCUGCUAGUAUUCUUAUGGAAAUUGAUAUUAGCACUCCAAAAAUUAAUGCAGGCACUUCAAAAUCAGUGUAAUUCCAAAACUACUUCCCUUUAUUUUUUGGAGUGCCUUCAUCAAUUUUUAGAGUGUCAAUAUCAUUUUAUCACGCUAUUUAGUCAUCAAUUCAUCAGUUGGGUUGUGUACGGCAUAAAUUCAAUUCAUCAGUUGGGUUGUGUAUGGCAUAAAUACUACUACGGGUUUGUUAAUUGAAAGAACCCAUUUGAGUUCUUGUUGGACUGUUCUGUAGAUAAUCUAUGGCAAGGUAGAGGAGAACUCAGAGAAUGGCCCAUCAUUUUUUGAUAGAGCAGCCGGCAUCUUCUCUUCAGUAAAUCGGUUCAUGAAAGCCAUCUCGAGAUGAUGAUUUUUUUUCGUGUCACAAAGGAAAUAGGAAAUUGGCUGGUCAUCGUAGGGGGAUUUGUACUUUGAUGUCCUUUUCACAUUUGAGUCUGUUUCUUAAUCUGUUAGCGGACCAUUAACGCCCGCGAGGGCACUGUGUGAUAUGAAGUCCGUAUAGCAACAUGUAAAAGUCUUUUCUCGAGCUAAGCUCUUUCUUAUUGUUUUUUCCGUCUCUAAA